ACAAAACUAAAAACUGAGAAGAAAACGGAUACUUGUAGCUUUUAUUUAACUUUAAUUAUCCCCUUCAUUACAAAAAGACCGUUACGAUAUAUAUAAAAGUCUUCGUUCACACACAGUAUCGAAGAAAACAACAACAGUUUUGAUCACUCUCUCUCUUUACUUCUUCUUCCCAAGCUUUUGAUGGCCGAAACCCUAGAACCCUCCCUCGUCGGGGAAAUCGACACUUCUGCACCAUUCGAGUCCGUGAGAGAAGCCGCCACUCGCUUUGGCGGAUUUGGUUUCUGGAAACCUUCUUCCCUUAACAUCUCUGAAGCUUCUCAGAACGAAGUGGAUGACGUAGCUGGUAUGGUGGCGAAAGCGAGUGAGUUAGAGAAGGAACUGAUUGCUAAAGAAGGAGAAACUUUAAAGGUGUUGAAGUCACUCGAGUCCACCAAAGCGAUCGUUGAAGAGCUUAAAUCAAAGCUACAGAACAAGGAAGAGAAAGAAAACUGUGACAUGAAUGUUUUCAAGGAAUUGAAUCAAGCGAAGAUGAAUCUGUGCAAGACAACUAAAGAUUUGGCAGCUAUUCGUGAGUCUGUUGAGUUACUGAACAAGAGACUGGAAGAGGAAAGAGCUGCACUUGAGAAGACACGAGAGAGACUUAACUCUGAGAAUGCAGCUGAAAUGUCCAAGGAGAUUCAGAGACUAAGUUAUGAAGCUAAGGAGUUUAGUAGAACAGGAGAGAAUGCUCGUUAUGCGGUUGAUAAAGCUGUGGUUGAGAUUGAACAAACGAGAAACAAGAUUGAAGCUGCUGAGAUGCGUUUGAUCGCUGCUAGAAAGAUGAAGGAAGCUGCUAGAGCGGCUGAAGCAGUUGCAAUCGCUGAAAUCAAGGCGGUUACUAGAAGAGGAAGAAGAAGAAGAAGAAGAGGAAAUGAUGAGGAGACGAUGCAUGAGGAGAUUCUUGAGACGAUUCAAGAAACAGCUAGAGAAAUCAGAAGCAGUAGGAGGACACUUGAAGAAGGUUUGGAGAAAGUGAAUAUCACGAAAAUGGAAGCAGAAGAAGGAAAAUGGCGGUGGACAGAACAGAGGAGGAGAUCAUCAUGUUCGGCCAAGUUCAAGAACCCUUUUAUGAUGGAUGUAAAUGGUCUUAAUAUGAUGAUGAAUGGUGAUGGGACCUCGUCCUCAGUUGCUGUCUUGAAACCAACAAUGUCGAUUGGGCAGAUACUCAGUAGGAAACUACUUCUUGCGGAUGAGUCGGCGAUGAUGAUGAACGGGAGAGUUUCGUUGGGUCAGAUUCUUGGAAAGACUAACUUUGGAGAUAGAAAUGGUCAAGGGAAGGAGAAGGAAAAAAGGUUGAAUGGGAAGAGGAAGCGGUUUGGAUUCGCAAACUUGUCUGUGAUGCUGAAUAAAGAGAGUAAGAAGAAGAAUAAGAAGAAGAAGAUAGCUUUGAACUUAAUGUGAUGAGUGAGUGAGUGAUUGGAAUGGUCUUAUCUUUAUCUUUUUUUCUUAGGAGUUGUUAGGUGUUUUCCUGCAGUUGUAAGCAAUUGUGUUUCUAUUUGUUUUCAAAUUAAGUGGAUUAGAGAGUCUCACUUUAGCACCAAUUACUACCAAAGUUGUUGUGUCAUGAAUGAUUUUGAGAAGAUAAAACAAACAUAUGAAAUCU